UGGCGCGUACUUCGCCCACAUAAAGCAGUGAUGCAUUACUACGGUGCUCUACCGCUUCUCCUGCAAUUCUUUCUCUUUUGCAUCGGACAAAAUGCAAUAUCAGCACACUCUGUAGUGUACGAGACGGACGUGGUAGUGCCCUGGGUGCUGCAGCAUGAGCAGGUGCACCAGCUGUCAGAAGCGUCCGGGUGGAGCUCGGCCCGCAGGCGACGCUCCGGACGUCAGCAGGACCGCCUGCUCCUGUCGCUCCCGGCGUUUGGCCGUGAACUUCUCCUGGAGUUGCAGAGGGAUGAGGCUUUCCUAGCUGUGGGCUUCGUGGUUGAGGAGAGGAGCCAUGAACGGAGCUUCCAGCAUGAGCCGGCUUUUAAGGGACGGCCCUGCUUCUAUUCCGGAAGUGUUCUCAAUCACACGGACUCAAUUGCCUCGCUGGACACUUGCGGAGGACUGAGGGGCCUCGUGCGGUACGGAGAAGAGACGCUGUUCAUCGAGCCAGUGGAUCAUGUGGCGGACUCCUUCUCUGGCUUGGCACACAAGGUGUUCAGACAAAAGCGCUCCUCCGAGGAAACAUCUCGGUCCAGAGGCAGUGAUCCCAAGUACUGCCGGAUCAUCCGAGGGAAGCGGAAGGAAAGGAGGGCUAACGUGAUGGAGGAGGCUCGUGGGAAGAGGAACGCCAUCCGUCUGAGUGGCGAAUACACUGCAGAGACUGUGGUGGUGGCAGAUGCAGACAUGGUGCAGUACCACGGGGCAGAGGCGGCCCAGCGCUUCCUUCUCACUGUCAUGAACAUGGUGUAUAAUAUGUUUCAGCACCAGAGUCUGGGUGUACAGUUGAACAUUCGGGUCACCAAAUUGGUCCUCCUGCACUCCCGCCCAGAGAAGCUGAAGAUGAGUCACCACGGUGAGAAGGCACUGGAGAGCUUCUGCCACUGGCAGCAUGAGGAGUACGGAGGGGCGCGUUACCUGGGCAACAACCACGUUCCCGGAGGCAAAGACGACCCGCGGCCAAUGGACAUCGCCGUUCUCGUCACAAGGACAGAUUUCUGUGUCCACAAAGACGAGCCCUGUGACACUGUUGGCAUCGCAUACCUGGGCGGCACAUGCAGCACCAAGAGGAAGUGCGUGUUGGCAGAGGACAACGGACUGAACCUAGCCUUCACCAUCGCCCACGAGCUGGGGCACAACAUGGGCAUGAGUCAUGACGAUGACCACACUACUUGCACUGGCCACUCCCAUAUAAUGUCAGGAGAGUGGGUCAAGGGUCGUAACCCUAGCGACCUCUCCUGGUCCACCUGUAGCCGUGACGACCUGGAAAACUUCCUCAGGUCGAAGGCGAGCGCCUGCCUGCUGCACACAGACCCGCGGAGCCGCUACUGGCUGCGUCUGCCGGCCAAGCUGCCCGGCAUGCACUACAGCGCCGACGAGCAGUGCCAGAUCCUGUUCGGCUCCAACGCCACCUUCUGCACAGACAUGGAGCACCUGAUGUGUGCAGGCCUGUGGUGUCUGGUGGAAGGGGACACUUCCUGUAAGACCAAACUGGACCCGCCUCUGGACGGAACAGAGUGCGGCGCAGACAAGUGGUGCAGGGCUGGUGACUGUGUCAGUAAGACUCCUAUCCCUCAGCACAUCGAUGGGGACUGGAGUCUGUGGAACCAGUGGAGCAUGUGUAGCCGCACCUGCGGAACCGGAGCUCGCUUCAGACAGAGGAAGUGUGACAACCCUCCGCCAGGCCACGGUGGGAGGCACUGUCCCGGGGCCAGCGUGGAGCACGAGGUGUGCGAGGGCCCUCCCUGUGCCAAGGGGCUGCCCACGUUCCGUGAUCAGCAGUGCCAGGCCCACGAACGCCACAGCGGGAAGAAGAAGAACCAGGUGUGGACAGCCAUGAUAAAUGACGAGAAGCCUUGCGUUCUUUUCUGUACACCGGUGGGCAGGGACGCCCCAGUGAUGCUGGCCGAGCGUGUGCUGGACGGGACACCGUGCGGACCCUACGAGACUGACCUGUGUGUGAACGGGAAGUGUCAGACAAUUGGCUGCGACGGCAUCAUUGGCUCAUCGGCAAAGGAGGACCGCUGUGGAAUCUGCAACGGAGACGGGAGGUCCUGCAAAAUCGUCAAAGGAGACUUCAACCACACUCGCGGGAUGGUCACCCCUAGCCAUUGUAAGAAGGUCUCUACAUGUGUGAUGUCAAAAUCCAGAGCAGUUCCCAAGUGCUUCUCAUGUUACAUAGAGGCAGCUGUCAUUCCCAUCGGAGCGCGGCGAAUCAAAGUCGUGGAGGACAAGCCGUCCCACAGCUUCCUGGCUUUGAAAGAUUCAAGCAAGAGAUCCAUAAACAAUGACUGGAAAAUUGAGCUGCCCGGGGAGUUUGAGCUCGCCGGCACCACCGUCCGCUACGUUCGGAGGGGGCUAUGGGAGAAGAUGUCUGCCAAGGGACCGACGAAGAGUCCUCUCCACCUCAUGGUCCUGCUGUUCCAUGACCAGACGUACGGGAUCCACUACGAGUACACGGUGUCUCUGAACCAGAGCCAGGAGAGCAAGGCUGAGGUGCAGAGGGAGCCCGAGCGCCUCUACCUCUGGACCCACCGCACCUGGGAGAGCUGCAGCAUGCAGUGUGGGGGAGGAGAGAGAAAAACAAUAGUUUCCUGCAUGAGGAUUGUAAAUAAAACCAUGACACUGGUGAAUGACAGUUACUGUCAGCCAGAGAAUCGCCCCGCCCCUCAAGUGCGCCGCUGCAACACCCACCCCUGCCAGUACAGGUGGGUGGCUGGUGACUGGACCCCGUGCUCAGCGACCUGUGGGCAGGGCAUACAGCAGAGGGAGGUGUCUUGCGUCUACCAGCUGCAGAACGGCACUCACCUGGCCACGCGUGACCUCUACUGCAUCGGCCCCAAACCGGCCAGCCUUCAGGAGUGCCAUGGACGCCACUGCCUCACGCUCUGGGAGGCGUCUGAGUGGUCCAUGUGUUCGUCAGACUGUGGGCGGGGCACCAGGGAAAGGACAGUAACAUGCACUAACCCUCAGGGGCUCUGUGACUCUGCCUCUCGGCCCCCACAACAGGAACCUUGUGAGGACUACUCCAAGUGCUACGAAUGGAAGACUGGAGAUUGGUCAAAGUGUUCCUCAUCCUGUGGGCGGGGUCUACAGUCAAGAGUGGUCCAGUGCAUGCACAGAGUGACGGGUCGCCAUGGCAGCGACUGCCCUAUAGUCCUAAAGCCCCCAGCGUACAGACAGUGCCACCAGGGGGCUUGUAACGAAAAAGUCAACGCCAACACCAUCACUUCUCCCAGGCUGGCGGCGCUGACAUACAAGUGCACGGGGGACCAGUGGACAGUGUACUGUCAGGUGAUCCGGGACAAGAACCUGUGCCAGGACAUGCGCUGGUAUCAGCGCUGCUGCAAGACCUGCAGAGACUUUUACGCCAGUGUGACGCCCCGCAAGAGUUAAUGAGCCCCGUCCCCAUGGGAACCAUAGCAGCUUGGUUUUUAUGUCCUUUUUUUGUACUGUCAUAAAUUACACUGUUUAUAUUGCUGUUGGAGAUUAUUGGGAGUGAGAAUCAGAUCACUCUGAAUGCAGUAACAAGUGAAGUGGCCAAUCAACAGAUUUUUCAGUCUGGGUUUUAAGAGGUUUUAAGGUUGUAAUUUGAAAAGGAUGCUCGAGGUCUAUGGUUUUUCGUAUUGCUAUGCUGCAAGCCAAAGUUAACAUCAGGGGAGGCCAUUAGAAAUGACUUCUUCAACAUACCGGCUUGGCUGUUGUACAAUAAGAUGGGCACUCUAAGAGAUUUGGAGAGCUGUUUGGCUAGCGUUACUUUUUUAAAGCCACUGGUUGGCCACUAACCCCUGAACUGGGCAACAGGACAUUCCUGUAGUCAUUUCCUACUCAUCAGCCUGUACCCUUAUCUCUUUCUUACUUUUAGCUUGUCUCCUUUUUUGUUUUAGCAUCACUCUCUACCAUCGCCAGACUUCUUAAAGAGGUCCAUAUAGUCCCUCAUAGAAGAUGUGCGAUCAGGAACCCUUUUGGUUGUAUUCACAAUGUUAUUAUGCAGUUCUGUGCUAUUGCUAUCGCUGUUCUGACUGUGCACAUGACACCUACCUUGUUCAUCGUCCUGUACUGCCGUGGAUUAGUUUUGUCGUGGUGCUUGCACAGCCGGUGGGCAAAGUGUCACAUUGUAACAAGGUUACGGUAUGAGGUGGAGAAAAACAUUAUACUCACCUCCAUAACAUUGCAGAGCCUUGACAGAGAUGUAGUGGCCACGCCGGUGGAGGCUGUUUGCUGACUAUACACUCUGAUUAUGUUUUCUAUACGUGUAAAUACCCACCACCUUUUUUUUUCUUCUUAUUUUAGACAUUCUUACACAUUUUAAACAAUUCUUUGGAGCUGUUUGCUAGAAAGUUCCCUAAGACUGCUAAGGAAUUAACAGUAUGUCAGAAAACUGCAAAAAAAAAAAAAAGUGAAUGCACAAUGCUACCUACAGACUAAGCCAUUGUGUUAUCACCAGUGUUUCAAGGGUGGAACAGGAAACGCUGUCAGUCACAGCUAGCCGAAGCAGAGAUCCUCAUACCCUGGAGACAGGUGGUAGCAUCUGCAGGUGAGAAUGCAAGAAAGACAAAAAUUCCAGCUCAGAUUUGUGACGGAAGAGUCCAGAAAGGGUGAAAAGAUGCUUUUAAAGGCUCUCUAUUGACCUAUCACUGAGUGAGGUUUAGUUUUCAAGAUGUGGUCACCAUGCAAAAAACGUACAUACCGAUGUUUGGUCUGUUCUAAGGCUUGUGAAGGAAGGCAGUCUAAUUUUUAAAAAAUGUAAAAGUUUAGUUGAACAUCAGGCUUGCUGCAAGUCACACAAAUAGUCACAUAACUGGCUGGACCUAAAAUAGAAAGUAAAAAUAUAACCUCUAAUGAUCUGACAUGUUUCCAACUCGCUGGUCAGUUUAUCAUUCUGUAACAUUAUUUCACAAUAUUGUUUUCCUUUAUAUUUCACCAAAUUUUUUAUCUAAAACUCUACUAAAUGUACCUUUACUUAAUAUUUAAGGGAACAGUGUUUUCAAUAUUAAGUUCCUGAGGUCUAACAUUUUAAGUCCAAGGAGAGCAAAGGUACUACAAGACAUCAUGCUCAGGAAACACACACAAUGUGUUUAUGUUUAAAGUCAAAAAUCUAGGUUACUGGAUGAUGUUUUGAAUGUUUAUUAAAUUGGUAUGCAUUAGGGCUGCACAAUAUAUGUUUUUAAUCAUCCUUGCAAUUUUGGCCUUUGCAGUUCUAAUAUUAUAUAAAUGCUACAAUAUGCAAAUCAGUAAACAAAUCCGUGAGCGCCUGACCAGUGUUUGACACAAGGGUUUGAAUCAGGCAUUUAUCAAUGCCUUUUAUAUUUAAUGGCAUUUUGCAGUAUGUGGUGCAUGUUUAUAGCAGGUUAUAGUGGAUCUCAAUAACAGGUGCAAAACUUUGGGUUACUGAAGACAGUGUAAAAUGUGAACUUCCAACUCCAUGUUUGUGCUUCACAGAAACAUCCCAUUGUUCUGCGUGUGUGUGUGUGUGUGUGUGUGUGUGUGUGUGUGUGUGUGUCUGUGUUUAUGUGUGUCCGUGCGCGCACACAUACAUGUUUGCAUGUGUGUGUUUAGAUAGCUUGGUCCCUGUUUUCUCAGGCAAUACAGGGUUUAUGUGGUGCUAUAGACAAAUUUCACUGCUGUGGAAUUAACCUUUUUUUUUCUUCGUUUUUUAUUGACUCUUUCGACUUUCACAUGUAUUUUCACACGUUCUUUGACGUCAUGAUUUAAUACUGAAACGUAGCUGCCUUCUUAUUUUCAGAAUUAGGCUAUUUGGUGCCACUUCAUUUACUGAUAUAGUGCCGAUUUGCGUAUAUAUUCCAGUACUGUAUGUCUUAGUUGCACACAUAAUUGGCACAUAAACCGCCACUGUAUGCAUUUGUUGAUGGUGCUGAUUUAAUUGAAACU